UAUUCACUUACGUGGCAAAAUAUGCCAUACUCCGAAGAGCACAUUCGCCAGAAGCUGCAAAAGGAGCUCGAGCCUCUGCACCUCACAGUUGAGGAUCAGUCGGACGGUUGCGGCGGUAAAUUUUCAGUACUCGUUGUGUCUGAGAAAUUUGCGGGCAAAACUCUCCUCCAGCGGCACAGGCUUGUCAAUGGAAUCCUAGAAGAAGAACUAAAAGACAUUCAUGCCUUCUCGCAGAAAACGUUAACACCAGAACAGUGGGAAAAACAAAAAGAACAAGCUUAAUAAAAAAAUUUAAG